AUGCCCAAGCAAACAGCAGUGACGAUUACUUUGGCGACCCUGCUGGGUAUUGCAGUGGGGGGCCUGGUUUUGUGGAAAGCAACGCAGCGUCGGAAAGGAAAAGCAUGCUGUAGUAGUCAGCAAGAGAAAGCAGUUAUAAACUCGAGAGAUGAAAAACUGAUUAAGGCAGAGGAUAAGGAGGUGCUUUCCUUCUUCAGAUCUCCCACCUUUUCCUGGGUAGAGAGGACCCUUGGUGCAGACAUAGUGAUAGUUUCAGAGCAGGAGGAGUGGGAUCGUGUUGAACCUUUGCUGAAAAAGGAGCUGGAGAAGCGGCCGGUGCUUGGAAUUGAUUGUGAGUGGGUUUCUGUGGAGGGAAGAGCAAAUCCUGUAUCCCUUCUACAGAUGGCUUCUUCCAGUGGCCUCUGCAUUCUUGUUCGGUUGCCCAGGCUUGUUGCCAGUGGACAGACUAUUCCAAAGACCCUGUUGGACAUCAUGGCAGAUAGCGCUGUGUUGAAAGUUGGGGUAGGAUGCUGGGAAGAUGCUUGCAAGUUACUUCAUGAUUAUGGUUUUCCAGUCAAAGGGAAUGUGGAUCUCCGGUAUUUAGCCAUGAGACAGCGGAAGGAUCUACUUCACAACUGCCUUAGCCUUAAGUCUUUAGCUGAAAAAGUCCUGAACUGCCAGCUUGACAAGUCUCCUCAUGUGCGUUGCAGCAACUGGGAGGCAGAAGAACUGACACAAGAUCAGGUUCUCUAUGCUGCAAGGGAUGCCCAGGUCUCCGUGGCUCUGUUCCUCCAUUUGUUGGGAUUUGCCAACCUCCCUGCUACAUCUGAAGGUGAAAACUCUGUCGCUGCUUGGGAAAAAGCACUGGGUAAAUGCCGGGGCUUGGUGGAUAUCCCGUUUAGAGGAAGGAGGAGUGGCAGCACAGGAGAGAAGAGUGGGGAGGGACGCUCCCCUCAGAAAACAAAGAAUCGGAAAUCUUCGGUGAACGGCCAGCCCUCUGUCAGUCAGCAAAUGAGAGAUCCACGGAGGCAGAAGCGAAAGCCUCUGGGCGUGGGAUAUUCUGCAAG